AGUGAGCAUCAAUCACAAUAGAUGAUCUUUGCAAACCUUCAGCAGCCAUACAGGCAGCAGGUGUUGACAUAUGGAGGGAUUCCACGGCUGCAGCGGUGGUACCCUGCAGUCACCGUCGCAUUAAAGAUGUCCGACUCAAAAAAUCCGUGUAUUUAACCAACUGCGGCCUUCAAACAGGAGGCGCCAGAACGGGAGGAGAUAAAAGACUCGCUUUAUUAUCUGUGGUCAGUCAGCAGUUAGCGGCGUUGUGACAGCUCACCAUCACUCCCAGCAACACACUUUCUCUCUCUCUCUCGGUGCUAGACUGACAGCUAUGUCUACGUCCGUCACGCGUGACACCGAUAUUAAAAAGAAGCACGUCCAUUUCGCCAGCAUGGAGGAGGACGACAACGACGACCAGGAGGAGGACACCCUGUUUGACAAGAGGAAGGACGCCGGGCGAGAAAUGAAGAACGCACUAAAGGGGGCGAAGAGGAAGACCACACAAAGCAGCGACGACCGGGUGGAGGUGGUUGGCGGAGGAAGGGGCGGCCAAGGAGCAGCCGGCCGCUGGAUGGUUACGCUCGCGCUCUGUGCAUCUUGCCUGGGCUUGGGGAUGUGUAUCUCAGUUCUUGGCCCCACGCUGGAAGACUUGGCUGCAAAUGUGAACCAGGAUAUCGGCAACAUCUCCUACAUCUUUGUUGGCCGCUCUGCAGGCUACGCCGGCGGAUCCCUGUUAGGAGGCAUUCUUUUUGACUGCAUGAACCCCCAUCUCCUGCUAGGUUUGUCCAUGCUGCUCACGGCAUCUGGGAUGUGUGCCAUCCCUUACUGUAAGCAGGCUUUGCUCCUCACUGUGUUCAUGUCCAGCAUUGGGAUAUCCAUGGGUGUUAUAGAUACAGGUGGUAACGUGCUCAUACUGGACACGUGGGGUGAGCAGUCGGGGCCUCACUUGCAAGCGAUGCACUUCAGUUUUGCCGCUGGGGCCUUUUUGUCUCCUAUCAUAGCCAAGCUGGUGUUUGGGACUGACUGGAAGGGCACUGAGGCCAUAGCACCAACCAAGAGUACGCCUUCCACAGAGCCCCAGGUGACCAAAACCGUCAACACUCAGGGAGUCUCGCACAGCACCCUCAACUCCACCUGGGCCUACAUCGUGAUUGGUGCUUUUGUCUUUCUCAUGUCCUUCCUCUUCUUCAUCCUUUAUUCUCGCUGCAGCGUGUCACGUGCGAAACCCUGCUCGGCCUCAGGAAAGCCCCUGGUGGCCAAAUAUCAUGUGGCUCUUACAGCCCUACUUUUCCUCUUCUUCUUUGCCUACGUCGGUGCUGAAGUAGCAUAUGGCUCCUUCAUCUUUACCUUUGCUAAGGAGUACAUCCAGAUGGCUGAGGUGAAGGCAGCUGGGCUAAACUCCCUGUUCUGGGGGUCGUUUGCAGCGUGCCGUGGGUUAGCCAUCUUCUUUGCAGCCUGCAUGUACCCGGGAACCAUGAUCCUGCUCAGCCUGGUGGGCACCGCUAUCUCCUCUCUUCUGCUCUGCUUCUUCAACAAGAAAGAGGAGGUCCUGUGGGUGUGCACUGCUAUCUAUGGGGCGUCCAUGGCUACCAUCUUCCCAAGCGGCAUCUCGUGGGUGGAGCAGUACACCACAGUAACGGGGCGCACAGCGGCAGUUUUCGUGGUGGGUGCAGCGCUGGGCGAGAUGGUGCUGCCAGCACUUGUAGGCUUCCUGUUCAAGAGGUUUCCAAAGCACCCGCUGCUCAUGUACCUGUCACUCGUCACUGCCAUCUUCACCUCCAUCCUCUUUCCAGUCAUGUACAAGCUGGCCUUGGUGCCCAACAGCCAAAGCAGGAAACACGGCUCCAGGGGCCGUCCACCGAAUGACGAAAUUGAAAGCAGUGAAUCCCAACGGGCACUGCUGGACUCAGGAGCUGAUGAAGAUGAGGAUGAGGAAGAGCAGGAUAAUGAGGCCGAUCAGUGGAACGACGCAGACUUUGAGGUCAUUGAAAUGGACGAUACAUCAAAUUUUAUGAAUUCACCAAGCAAGAUGUCCUCUCCCCCUGAUGUCAUGGCUGUAACAGACAGCCCCACUGCCCAAACCACACAGGCGUCAGAGCCUGCAGGCGCCGCUUUCUCAGAGAGCAUCUCUUUGGUAGGAGACUCACCGAGACGCAAACUGCUGCUCUCUUUGGACCAAGAGAAGAGAGACUGAGAAUGUCGGCUCAGUGAUACGCCUCAACUGUCCAUUUGCUGUCCAAGACCUGGAAACUCCAACAUAGUUACUGUUUGUACUCUAGUGAAGGAAGCACUGACUAAGUAGUGCAGCUUAUAAAUCAUACACACACUUCCGCAGCUCAAUUCAGUGCAUCUUUUAAAGCUUUUGGACGUCUGCUGGACAGUGAAGGAUCAGAUGUUGAACUGUUGCUAUUUUCUUAUAAAUCAUUUGACAGUGUGUUUAAUAUUGUUGUCCUGAUCCCCUCUGCAGUUAGGUAAAAGGUAAGGCUAGAAUGAAAGUAAGAAAUAGAUCAGAUAUCAGCCUGAUCCUGACUCAAAGAACUUCACUGGGAUCGGUGGCAACAGGUCAAUCUAUUCAGUUCAGUUCUAUGUUCUGUGUUUACUAUGCCUUCCAUCAGCAGUAGAGCACUGAUUACAAACGGGAGAGCUAACAUAGCAUGGAUGCAGCCAAAAGCCAAGGGACAGCAAGUUUUUAUACUUCUUACAUUUGGAAUGUUUUUAUGUUUGCGGUGGUUUUUGACUACAGCUAAGACUUCUCUGUCAGCUUCUCUCUUUGAGUUACUGGUAUCACAUUGGAGCUAGACAAACAUGGAUUGAUGCAUCGCUAGAAUUCAGUGCCUUGUUUGAGGACGUGAGGAGAGUGGAUGAGCUGAACCAGGGACAGACAACUAGCCACCCCCUUAAAAUAAAAUUUUGCACUGCAAAUACGCUAUAUUGCCAAAAGUAUUCACUCACCCUUCUAAAUCAUUACAUUCAGGUGUUCCAAUCACUUUCAUGACCACAGGUAUAUAAAAUCAAGCUUCUAGGCAUGCAGACUGCUUCUAUAAACAUUUGUGAGAGAAUGGCUUGCUCUCAGGAGCUCAGUGACUUCGAAUAUGGUACUGUGAUAAGAUGCCACCUGUGCAACAAGUCCAGUCAGGAAGUUCUGUCACCAUUAAAUGUUCCACAAAAUGGAAGUGAUUGCGAUUGACAGCAGCUCAGCCACGUAAAUCACAGACCGGGGUCAGCAACUUUGUGCACAGUCAAUCACUGCAGACUUCUAAACUUCAUGUGGCCUUCAGAUUAGCUCAAGAACAGAGUAUAGAAGGGUACAGAAUUGCAAAGUGCAAUGCAAAGCAUCAUAUGCAGUGGUGCAAACUGCAUAUGAUGCCACUGAACUCUAGAGAAGUGGAGAUGUGUUCUCUGCAGUGACGAAUCAUGUCUACAUCUGGCAAUCUGAUGGAGGAGUUCGAGUUGGCGGCUGCUAGAACGGUACUUGUUUGACUGCAUUGCACUAAGUGUAAAUUUUUUGCUCCCUUAGUUCCAGAGAAAGGGACUCUUAAUAAUUCAGCAUACCGAGACAAUUUCAUGCUUCCAACUUUGUGGGAGCAGUUUGGGGAUGGCCCUUUCCUAUUCCAGCACAACUGUUUCUAAAGACAUGGACGAGGAAGUUUGUGCAGGCCAGUCCAGUUUUUCCACACCAGAGUCCUACACCUCAGCCUGACAGAACACCUUUGGGAUGAAUUAGAGCAGAGACUGCAAGCCAGGUCUUCUUGUCCAACAUUGGUGUCUGACCUCACAAAUGCACUUCUGGAAGAACACUUCUAAACCUUGUGGAAAGCCUUCCAGAAAAGUUGAAGCUGUUUUAGCUAAACAUGGAAUGUCACUCAAGCUCAUAUGUGUGUGUGAAGGCAGACGAGUAAAAACUUUUGGCAAUAUAGUGUGUGUGUGAUGAGCUGAGCUGUACAGUGUAUGCAGCUGUUUUCUGUUGCACUUUUGUUAAAACUGGAUUUUUUUUCUUUUUGGUCUUGUGCUGUAAUGGUUCAUGUCACUGUGAUUCCUCUGAUUUUUUUCUUUUUAAGUUCCUGAUUUAGUGAAAGAAAGAAGGCAUCUUCAUACAUUGAUUUUUUUAUUUUAUUAUAUCAAUCUCAAACCUUCACCCACAGCAAUGUCCAUUAAAAACAAACAAAAAGGAUCUCCUUCAUUAUAAGUUUUUACAUUUUUACAAAUCCACAGAUCCUGUGUACGGCUGCAUGGAGUGGGAGGGUUAAAGAUCAAAUUUUAAUGUAGUUUGAAGACGGUUCGCACAGUAAAAUUGGAAACGUACACAAAACCAUAUAUCCACAAGGAAAUAAUAGACUCUUCAUGGCAUAAAUUACCAAAAUACAGUAUUGCAGCAGUCCCACAUUUAAAAAUAAAAAAUGGAUAGCUUUCCAGUUCCCAUACUCUGUAGUAUGAACUGUCAAAUCUGCCAAAACGGACAAGGUUAAAGAAACAGAAAAAUGGCACCUUCAAAAAGAACGCAUCAAACUGCUUUGAUUGUGUUCAUGGUUGGAGCUGUAGUUGGUUAAUGCACAGUGAGAUUGGAGAUGGAUCUGUACAGGAACUAUUUACAAAAAGACUGCAGUCAGUAUAAAAAGGAGAAAAA